UUUAAAAUAGGGGUGGGGGGGAAAAAAACAAUUGUGAAUUAUUGUCUCUGCAGUUAAAUGUUUUUAGUGAAACUAAAUAUUUCCAUAUCUUGUGUUUCAGGGGAGGAUCACAUGCAGUGCAAAUUUUGCAAAUUCUCAAGCUCCAGUCAAGAGGCUCUUCUGAAGCACUGCCGACUUCGUCACGGAACAGGUGCGCACUGGCCCUGUGUUCACACAGACUGUGUGUGUGUAUUUAAAACACUUGGUGCAUUAAAGUUGCACCUCUCAAGAUCACACAGAACUGUGAGAAUCCAGGAAAAUUCCACAUUUCAAUUUGAAUUGUGUGAUUUUAAAGAGAUUUGCAGUGAAAAAGCUUUUUGGAACCACCUCGGGCAUCAUAUAAAGCAACGAGAAACUGUACCAUGUCCCAUUCUAAGAUGCAACUUUAAAACAAACACUUGCUCAACCUUCAGUUCUCACAGAAGUCGAAUCCAUAAGAAUUGUACGCUUAGGGAUUUUCGAUCAAUAGCAAGAGCCGAUACUGAAGAUGUUGGAAAUGAUGGCGAACAAUCUGAUGGUGAAACUGGGACUGCAUUGGACAAUAGUCUGAGACCAACAGAGGUUGAAGAGAUUCCGGAAGAUGUGGAUAGUGAGACACUUCAGCAUAAAUUGGCCUCUCUUUUUCUAUGUAUGCAAACUGUUUUACAUGUGUCAAGGAGUUCAACACAAAAGAUUGUAGAGGAUUUGCAUAACCUGCUGUCUUUUUCUAACAUUCAUACUCUCAACAGUGUGAAAGAUAUCCUUUCAAAGCAUAACAUUGAAGUAAAUGAUUCUGUUCUGCAAGAAAUUUCUAAUGCUAUAGUUCAAACUAAUCCACUCCUUCUAACAACAUCAGAGAAAGGUUUGCUAUCUACAGAUUACAGAAGGAAUUCAUAUUUCAAGGAAAAUUUUUGUGUUAUAGAACCCAUAGAAUAUCUUUAUAACAGAGAUCAUAAAAAUGCUUUUGUUUAUGUUCCUGUCACUAAGGUACUUGAGACUUUACUAGGAAGGGCAGAUUUUGGACCAAAUUGUAUUUGAUCAAGAAAGUUUAUCCGGACACUUUAAGUCUUUUCAAGACGGCAUGUAUUACAAGGACAAUAAGUUACUGGGACAGCAAAACAUAUGCAUAAGUUUGGCAUUGUAUAUCGAUGAUUUAGAAAUUUGCAACCCUCUGGGUACAUCUAGAAAACUUCAUAAAAUAACUGCAGUAUAUUGGGUUGUUCUAAAUUUACCAGCCAAAUACCGUUCAAGUCUCACUUCAAUACAAUUAGCUCUCUUUGGUAAAAGUGAGGAUGUCAAACGACAUGGUUAUGAAAAGUUUCUAGAGCCAUUGAUCAAAGAUAUACAGUGUCUAGAACAAGAAGGAAUCUUUGUUGAAAUUUUAGGUCAGUUUGUUAAGGGUGCAAUAUUUUGUGUGUCUGCAGAUAACCUUGGAGCACAUAGUCUUGCAGGCUUCUAUGAAAGUUUUAAUGUUGAAAAGUUCUGUCGGUUUUGUUUGAUAAGUCGGGACAAAAUUGCAACCACUGAAGUGAAUGAUUUUCAAUUGAGGGAUAUUGAUGAACAUGACACCUUUUUGGAAGAGCUUAGGCAAAAUGACAACCUCCAAAGCAUUAAUGGGGUGAAACGGGAAUGUGUUCUGAGCAAACAUCUGGCGUUCUUUCAUCCAGUCACUGGAUUUCCUCCAGAUGUCUUGCAUGACCUUUUUGAAGGUGUCAUACCUGUCGAAUUGUCUUUGUGUUUAAAAAAGCUGAUCUCAAGACGCUUCUUUACAUUUGAUGCAUUAAACGACUGCAUUAAAUCAUUCCCAUACAAGGACUCGGACAAAGUUAACAAACCACAAAAAAUUCCAAGAGCGAGCUUUGUUAAAGGAACUGUUGGUGGUAACGGACAUGAAAAUUGGACUCUAAUGCGCCUACUUCCUUUGAUAAUUGGAUGUAAGAUACCAGAACAGGAGCCUGCAUGGGAGAUUUUAAUGGACCUUAAGGAAAUUGUUGACAUUGUUGUGUCUCACAGACUCUCAGAGGAAGCAUUGUGUUAUUUAUCCUGUAAACUACUGGAUCAUCGCAAGUUGCUCACAACUACCUUUCCGGACUUCAGAUUGAGGCCAAAACAUCACUUCAUAGACCACUACCCACAUCUCAUUCGCUGCUAUGGGCCUUUAACGGAGUUGUGGACGAUGAGGUUCGAAGCUAAGCAUAGCUUCUUUAAAGAAGUUAUCCACGACACUCACAAUUGGAAAAAUGUGCUGCUCACUCUUUCCUCAAAGCACCAGCAAAUGAUGGCCUACCAUCUGGAUAAUGAGAACCUUUUCAAGACAAAACUGUAUGUUGAAAAGGUGAAAGUCAUCAGGGUCUCCGAAUUGGAUCCACUACUAAAGUGUGCAAUACAAAAGAAGUACCCACAUCUAGUCAGUGUGUCUCUGUCCAAAUCUGUUCACCUGCAUGGAACACAGUAUGCGGAGGGCAUGAUUUUAGCUGCUGGGCAGUGCAGUGGCCUCCCAGAAUUCCAUAAGAUUGUGACUGUUCUUGUCAACUCCAAUGAUGUGACAUUCAUUUGUAAAUUACUUUCAUCCUGGUACAUUGAACAUCUAAGGUCUUACGAGCUUGUUGAACCCCACUGUGCAGAAUUAGUGGCCCUUGAUCCAGAUGUGCUGACAGAUUACCGCCCUCUUACAGCGUACAAAGUUGGUGGAAAGCUGAAGGUCACUACAAGAUCAUUCAUUCUCCAUUAAAGAAGCCAAAAAUGACUUUGUUACUUCGGGUCGUUGUCUCUUCCAAAAAUGCCAGAAGAAUCCAGCUUUUCGAAGUACCGGAAUCUGUGAACAAUCUGAUCGAAAUACUAAGAGAGAGACUCGAACUUGAAAGUGACUUCUCACUACAGUUUGAGGACCCAGAGUUUGGAAAUGCACUAUGCAACUUGACAUCAAUGUCUGAGUUACCAGCUGAGCGUGCAGUCUUGCAUAUUGUCUGGGACAGUGAUUCAUCUGUUAACCAGUCCUCUAUUGCUUCAGUCUCCUCUCUGGAUACAGCCAGUGUUCACUCUGAAGAUUUCCAGGAUAGGUCUCCAGAUGAUAUCCAGAGCAAUUUAAGGCAUGUUGCUAAGUGGCCCAUUCCGUUUAUUAUCCCUAAGUUUAAACAGGAUGUUGAACUGAAAUUGCGUAAAGGCAAUGCAACAUAUGAAAAGUCCAACAAGGGCUUUGAUUUGACAAGAGACAUAAAAAUGGAAAUCUUGGAUAAAUCGCAGAGGCGAUUAUUGAAAUCAAAAGCUACCCUGAGAAAGUUGAAAUUGAAUCGGUUGCCUCUUCACUGGUUCUCAAGUAUCCGUGCCUGAAGGAGCCAGGUAGCAUCACAGGCUACGAUGGUUGGAAAACAAGCAUCAAGUAUAAGCUCGGAAACUUCAGGUCAAAGCUGCGCGAGGCGGGCUGUAAUGAAGUGGAUGUUAACAGGAAAAGAAAAGCAGGAGAUGAGGAUGACACUCCAUUCACCCUGAAAAGGCCCAAACGUGGAGAGGUCAACCAUGUUCCAGAUUAUCCACAACACCAUGACGAUUCUACUCUUGAAGGGGAAAGAGUUGCUCUGGUCGAUGAAACAAAAAAGAAAAAAAGAACACGACAUUGAUACGGCAGAAGAUGGAGCUGAGAUUUCCCCUUAGGCGGAGAGAGGUAGUAGAGGUGCAGCCUAUGGUAUCCGAGGUCCAGCAGAGAUGGCCUGCACUGUUUUCCUGUGAAGAGAUAUCUGAAGAAUUUCGUCGAAUCACCAGCAAAGACCUCCUGGAGACUUUCAAUGCGUCCCUUGACAAAUAUGUUCCUCGCCUGCUCAGACUGUACCGGACAAGAAAGGGAGCUCUUGGUCAGCAAAUGGAAGACAUCCUGGAUAAGCUUGAUGAACAGACAUCAGACAUUCUGUCUCACCGAAAGACUGCAGCACUGAGAUGCCUCCCUGUUUUUGUCCGGUAUGACACAACCAAGUUUUUCCUGCAGCCUUUGGAAACUGACCCUGACGAAAGAGUGCUCAGAGGCGUGUCUGUGGGCCUGCUUGCUGUCCGUGAAGAAGAUGAUCCUGCUGUUUCACCAAACGUGCGGGACUGGGCUGUUGUGUUGGAAGGUUCCAUCGUGCUACAUGACCUGCCAGACCUCGGCACUGCCUUUGCAUACCUCUUUGGCCUACUGUAUGCAAUGAGGUACACCUUUGAAGCAAUUCAGACCAUCUUUUUCGAACUUGGCUCUCAGUGCUCCCAGCGCACAAGGUCUCUAAAAACAAAGCUUUUGCUGUGA